AUGGCUGCUAAGACGGCUGGCGGCAAUUCCGCGUUCCACAACUUCAAUAAUGACUUUGCGCACAUCGAAGACCCCAAUGAACGACGCCGACUUGCCCUCGCAGAAAUUGACAAGGCACCAUUUGGAUGGUAUCACGUGCGUGCAAUUUUAGUUGCCGGAACUGGCUUCUUCACAGAUUCGUACGAUAUAUUCUGUGUCUCACUCUUGACCGUCAUGCUGGGAAUUGUCUACAAGCAAGACCACAAGGGCACACUCACAACUCCCCAAGAUACGGCUAUCAAGCUGGCAACGUCGGCUGGUACCGUUAUCGGACAAGUCGGUUUCGGUACGCUCGCCGAUAUCGUUGGACGUAAGAAGAUGUACGGACUGGAGUUGAUCUUGAUCAUCGUCGCGACGCUCGCGCAGUCGCUGACUGGUCCCGGUCCUGGCACUUCGGUUGUUGGCCUCAUCAUCUUCUGGCGUGUGCUCAUGGGUAUUGGUAUCGGCGGUGACUACCCUCUCUCUUCCAUUAUUACCUCCGAGUUCGCAACCACCAAGUGGCGCGGUGCCAUGAUGGGUGCCGUUUUUGCCAUGCAAGGUUUCGGUCAGCUCGGCGGUGCGCUCGUCAUGCUGUGUCUGGUCUCUGGUUUUAAGGCCAAGCUCGAGCCUGCCACCGGUUACGAUACCUGCAAGGGUGACUGCCAGAUUGCUGUUGACAAGAUGUGGCGUGCUCUGAUCGGUCUCGGAAUCGUCCCAGCCUGCAUUGCCCUGUACUACCGUCUCACUAUUCCAGAGACACCUCGUUACACUUUUGAUGUCGCCCGUGACGUCGAGAAGGCAAACGAAGACACAAAGCAGUACCUUUCCGGCAAGCACGGCGAGGGUCAUCCGGAUGAGAUUACUCAAGUUGCAGCCCGCCAGCAAUCCUCCGCUAAGCUCGACGUUCCCAAGGCUUCCUUCAAGGAUUUCUUCAGGUUUUACGGCAAGCUUCGCAACGGCAAGAUUCUGUUCGGAACUGCCAUGUCAUGGCUCUUGCUUGAUGUCGCCUUCUACGGCCUCGGUCUCAAUGCCUCUACUGUCCUGCAAGCUAUCGGUUACGCCAACGGCGCAAACCUACACGAUAAGCUCUACAACUUGGCUGCCGGCAACGCUAUUCUUGUCUGCGCUGGUGCGAUUCCCGGAUACUGGCUUGCUGUUGCUACCAUUGACACCAUCGGACGCAAACCCCUCCAGCUUAUUGGCUUCACCAUUCUUACCAUUCUCUUCGUCAUUUGGGGUUUCGCCUACAAGCACCUCAGCUCCCACGCCAUGUUGGCUAUCUACGUCCUCAUCCAACUCUUCUUCAACUGGGGCCCCAACAGCACCACCUUCAUCGUCCCCGGAGAGUGCUUCCCUACGCGCUACCGCUCUACCUCACACGGUAUCUCUGCUGGUUCAGGAAAGAUUGGCUCCAUUAUCGCACAGGGAGCCAUCUCUCCUCUCCGUACCCGUGGACAUCCCACCAAGCUCAACCCCAGCCCUUGGCUCAACCACGUCAUGCAGAUCUUCUCUGCCUUCAUGUUCGCCGGUAUCUUCACCACGCUUCUCAUUCCUGAGACCAAGCGCAGAACGCUCGAGGACUUGGCGCAAGACUGGGACAUGGGUGACGAGAGCAUUACCGGUGCCGAGCAUGCUCGAAAGGUUGAUAGUAUCGACGAAGUUGGCGUCACUGAGAUCAAAGGCCAGGUUUGAGACGGCGGGCGGCUUGUUCGCUUCUUCCUUUUCAUAGAGUCUAUUAGUUCACUUCCCGUAC